AAGCACAAGCGUAAUGUGAUACGCAAAGGUGUCUCUGUGGGCGGUACCUACGGAUGAAGGGCUCCGAGUGUCUCUUUUCCCUCUGAAGCGGAGCUAUGAGCGGCAUGAGGACCCUCCUGACCUCUGGGGCUGCGGUCGCCAUCGUGGGACUCGGGUUCGGCAUGUGGUCGGCAAUGUCCCCGGGGGAUGAGCAGCGCCAGGAGAUGCUGAAGAACCUGCCGGAAUCAAACCCCGUGCGCAUGGAGGAGACGCGCCAGAGGAAUGCGCUUGUGCUCCAGGUCCUGAAGGAAGCAGCAGAGACCAAUGACAAUGUUGCACGCAGCUUUCCUUCCAAGAGUAAAUGAGGAGGGGAAAAAGGUGUUCCUGUAACUUGGAUGGCUGAACGGACAGACGCUAUAAAGUCGUGAAGUUAAGAAGAGGAGAGUAGAGAGACAUCAGAGAGCCAUCAGAGAGCUCCAUGGAUCCAACACACACAGUGACACAGAAAGGCAUCCAACACAUUCACGUGUAAACAAAAUGUGCUGUUAAACUGUGUGUGUGUUUCUCGCUCCAGCACUGUGUGAUGUAUAUAUUGUACUCUGUUUACUGUAUGAAGUAACUUGUUCAGGAAAACAGCUAAAUACACUGGGCUCUAAUUAUUUUAAAUGUGGUGCAGUCAAUCAAAAACUUGAA